GGUGUAUAUAAAGAGUCACAAGAGUUGAGCAGGAACAAUCAUCUUCUCUGAGAGUCUAAGGCGUUAAACAACCUGUUGUUAUAUUUAAUUCAUACAAGCUAACAGCAAGUUAUCUUUCACAAAUUGAAAAUGAAGUCUUCCUUUGCCUCAAACCAAGCUGGUGGAUCUAAACUCAUAACCUCAUGGAGCAUCUAUCUUCAUCUAAUGUUGUGCAUGUCGAUGGGGGGGGUGUCCGGCUGGUCCUACUUCCACUCCAACACCACCAUGGACUGGGAAUCGGCCAGAAACUGGUGCCGGGAGAACUACACGGACAUGGUGGCCAUCCAGAACCAGGGGGAGAUUGCACACCUCAACAGCAUGCUGCCCAAGAUACCAGGGUACUACUGGAUAGGGAUCCGCAAGGUGGACAAUGUGUGGACCUGGGUCGGCACCAACAAAAGCCUCACAGACGAAGCCACCAACUGGGCGAAGGAGGAACCCAACAACGGCAUGAACAGCCAGACGGGGGCCACGAGCGAGGACUGUGUGGAGAUGUACAUCAAGCGGGAUGUAGAGGCGGGAAUGUGGAACGACGAGCGGUGUGACAAGUCGAAGACGGCCCUGUGCUAUGCAGCUGCCUGUAAGAAUGACUCCUGCCUCCACGGGGAGUGUGUGGAGACCGUCAACAACCACACGUGCCAGUGCUUCGAGGGCUUCUACGGAGACACGUGUGAGCAAGUCGUGCGGUGCGAUCCGGAGAAGGUGGUGACCCCAGCUAAAGCAACGGUCAGCUGGUCUCACGCGCACGGCAGCCAUGCAUACGGCUCCCUGGCCACCUACUCCUGCCAGGAAGGAUACGAGCUCAGCCAUCCUGAUCCGAUGAGAUGCACCGCAGCCGCCUCCUGGUCGGAAUCCCCCACAUGUGAACUGGUUCAGUGUGAAGAGCUGUCCCAACCGACACACGGCGCCGUGGAAUGUGAAAACCCACUCGGAAAUUCCUCUUACCGGUCUUCCUGUGUGUUUUCCUGUGAGGAGGGUUACACCACGCUCCCUUCCCAGUCCGACAGCCUGCUCUGCGGAGCCACCGGUCGUUGGAACGACUCGGUGCCAGUGUGUGCAGCUGUCCAGUGCCCUGCUCUCUCGGGGACGGACAACAUGGCCGUCCUGUGUGAAGGGGACGGGUUCAGCUAUGGCAGCAGCUGCAGCUUCACGUGCACACGGGGCUACCGCAUGCGGGGCGCGCACACCACCAGGUGCGCGGCGGCGGCGGCGUGGAGCGAAGCGGUGCCCAGUUGUGAACGCAUCAUCUGUGCGGUACCGGAAGCUGAUUCGCAGCACACGCUCACCCAGUGCAGCGACCCACCGAACCAACUGCUGCCGGGCUCCACCUGCCGCUUCAGCUGUGACGUAGGCUCUGAGCUCCAGCUCCAGCUCCAGCCUGUGAUUCAGUGCACUGAGGAUGGGGCGUGGAACGCAAGCGCACCCACCUGCAAAGUGGUGACCUGUGAUCCGGUCGAGGUACACACUGCUGGACAGCACUCCAUCGCCCGGUGCUCCUCGCAUGGCAGUUUCCCGUACGGCACAACGUGCGAGUUCUCGUGUGAAGAAGGAUUCCGGCUUAGCGACCCGUCCCAGAACACCAUGGAAUGCACAGAGCAAGGGACCUGGUCACAACCACCUCCUCUCUGUGAACCGCUGCAAUGCUCUCCACCCGUGGCUCCAGAGUGGGGUCGGGUCAACUGUCAGCGGUCCCUCUCUUCUGCCCUGCCCUCCUCCUACCCGCAAGGCGCCGUCUGCAGCUUCACUUGUAAUGCCGGCUAUGACCAAGAGGGGGCGCUCACCACCAAGUGCACACAGUCAGGCCAGUGGAGCUCCCCACCGCCUACCUGCACAGUGAUCACAUGCCCCGUGCUAGAUGCUCCAGUCCACGGCACUCUGAACUGCACACACCCGGACUGGACACACGCCUCUGAGUGUUCCUUCGCCUGUAACCAGUGCUACACCUUACACGGACACCAGUUCGUCACCUGUGGUCUCCAUGGCAACUGGACUGCGGAGACACCCGUCUGCCAAGCUGAGCCCCUGAUGAGUCCUACUGCGAUGGGGUUAGCCGCGGGGGGCGGCGCGUCAGUGGUCGGUCUCUCUCUGGCGGUCACCCUACUGAAGCGACUCAGGAAACUGAAGGGCAGGAAGUUCUCUCUGGCCAGCAAUUCAGAUGUAGAAGACCCCCCGCAGCAUUACAAAAACAGCAUCGAGAGCUACCUGACUGGCCGGGCCCAUGGCUGGCGGUAUUACCACUCCACAGAGCUCAAAAACUGGACCCAAGCCAGGAAGUGGUGUCGGGAAGAAUACACUGACAUGGUGGCCAUCCAAAGCCAGGAGGAGAACGACCAUCUGGUCUCUCUGCUGCCUAACAAAUCGGGGAGCCCGUAUUACUGGAUAGGAAUCACAAAGAGCGAGAAGAGCGACCCGUGGACCUGGGUAGGGAACAACAGCACCUGGGUCGGCAACCAGUCCUGGGCCACCAACGAGCCCAACAACGACUACGUCACUGAGUUCUGUGUGGAGAUAUACGUUAACUACAACAAGGACAACAGAGGGAAGUGGAACGACGAGAAGUGCAGCAAUAAAAAGUACCCCGUUUGUUACCAAGCGGUCACGUGCGACGCCCUCUUGGUUCCCCAGCACGGCCGUCUCCAGUGUCACGAAUCUUACGGACCUUCAAGCUUCAAUUCGUCCUGCCGGUUCCACUGUGACCUCGGGUACCGCGUGGAGGGCCCGGAAUGGCUGCAGUGUCAGGCGUCCGGACGCUGGGACCACCCGGCCCCCCGGUGCCAAGUGGAACAGUGCGCGGCUCUGAAACGGACGUCUGACAGACUGCUCAGGACCUGCCUCCAUCCGAUUGCCAAUGACAGCUUCAACUCCACUUGUGCGUUCAGUUGUGAGGAGGGUUUCGAGCUCAGUGGACAGAGCGUGACGAUAUGCGACCAUGCGGGUCGAUGGACCGCCGAGGUCCCGACGUGUUCAGCGGUCCCGUGCGACGCCCUCUUGGUUCCCCAGCACGGCCGUCUCCAGUGUCACGGAUCCUACGGACCUUCACGCUUCAAUUCGUCCUGCCGGUUCCACUGUGACCUCGGGUACCGCGUGGAGGGCCCGGAAUGGCUGCAGUGUCAGGCGUCCGGACGCUGGGACCACCCCGCCCCCCGGUGCCAAGUGUUUGGCUGCCCCCCUCUCUCCCAAUCCCUGUAUGGGGGUCCGGACUGCUCUGACCAGAUCCACGCCUUCGACUCUACCUGCCCUGAGCCAACGCGUCUGAACCCAGGUCCCUACCCCCUGCUGAUAGUAGCCACAAUGACUGUACUCAUUCAGGAUCUGAGCACCGCGGGAGGGGUCGACGCGUGGAUGUACCACCACAGCAACGACCCGCCUCGUACCUGGAGCUCGGCCCGAACCUGGUGCCAGCAGCGAUACACGGACAUGGUGGCCAUCCAGAACCAGGGGGAGAUCGCCUACCUCAACCAGAUGCUGCCCCGCAACCCCAGCUACUACUGGAUCGGCAUCCGCAAGGUGGCGGGGGUCUGGACCUGGGUGGGCACCAAUAGGAGCCUGACACCAGAGGCUCAGAACUGGGCGGUUGGGGAGCCGAACCACCCGUUGGAGGACUGUGUUGAGAUGUACGUCAAGAGGGAAAAGGACACGGCAAAGUGGAACGACGAGCGGUGCAAUAAGGAGAAAGGAACCGUCUGCUAUACAGCCUCGUGUUCAGAGGGAUCCUGUGGUAACCAUGCCGACUGUGUAGAGACCAUAGGAAACUUUACCUGCCAAUGUCACCCCGGCUUCCUAAGCCCUCGCUGUGAAGAGGCGGUCACGUGCGACGCCCUCUCGGUUCCCCAGCACGGCCGUCUCCAGUGUCACGGAUCCUACGGACCUUCACGCUUCAAUUCGUCCUGCCGGUUCCACUGUGACCUCGGGUACCGCGUGGAGGGCCCGGAAUGGCUGCAGUGUCAGGCGUCCGGACGCUGGGACCACCCCGCCCCCCGGUGCCAAGUGGAACAGUGCGCGGCUCUGAAACGGACGUCUGACAGACUGCUCAGGACCUGCCUCCAUCCGAUUGCCAAUGACAGCUUCAACUCCACUUGUGCGUUCAGUUGUGAGGAGGGUUUCGAGCUCAGUGGACAAAGCGUGACGAUAUGCGACCAUGCGGGUCGAUGGACCGCCGAGGUCCCGACGUGUUCAGUGAUUGCGUGCGCUCCCAUUUCCCCUCCUGCUAUGGGCAACAUGACCUGUGUUGACAGCCUGGCUCCGUUCUCCUUUGGCUCCUCGUGUAGCCUCACCUGUUUGGAAGGCUACACUCUGGCCGGCAGCCACACACUGGCCUGCUCAGCCUCUGGACAGUGGAGCCAACCCAGACCCACUUGUAUAGCUGUGCGGUGCAGCGGUCUGAAAGUCCCCCCUCAUGCUGUCUUGGACUGCCAGGGUCCUAUCGGAGUCUUCAGCUAUGGUUCCACGUGCACACUGCACUGUGAAGAGGGAUUUAAUCUGAUCGGCAGCAACACCACUCAAUGUUCGGCACAGGGACGCUGGAGUGGCCAACUUCCUGUCUGUCAGGCCGUGCAGUGCUCAGUCUUGUCUGCCCCCCCUCACGGCUCCCUGUCCUGCUCCAACCCCCAUGGAGAGUUUAGCUUCUCCUCUCGCUGCGCUCUCACCUGUGAUGAAGGCUUCCUGCCCAACGGGACGGCCCACACAGAGUGCUCCUCCCUGGGGUCCUGGAGCCAGGAGGUCCCUCAGUGCCUGGCCGUGCAGUGCUCAGUCUUGUCUGCCCCCCCUCACGGCUCCCUGUCCUGCUCCAACCCCCAUGGAGAGUUUAGCUUCUCCUCUCGCUGCGCUCUCACCUGUGAUGAAGGCUUCCUGCCCAACGGGACGGCCCACACAGAGUGCUCCUCCCUGGGGUCCUGGAGCCAGGAGGUCCCUCAGUGCCUGGCCGUGCAGUGCUCAGUCUUGUCUGCCCCCCCUCACGGCUCCCUGUCCUGCUCCAACCCCCAUGGAGAGUUUAGCUUCUCCUCUCGCUGCGCUCUCACCUGUGAUGAAGGCUUCCUGCCCAACGGGACGGCCCACACAGAGUGCUCCUCCCUGGGGUCCUGGAGCCAGGAGGUCCCUCAGUGCCUGGGUAAGACACGAUGACACCUAGAAACUGCACAUGUAUUAAGAACCAGGAGGAUGCUUGUAAAGGUACCAUAGGAACUACACUUGUGUCGAAAGCAGAAACUAUAGGAACUAGUAGGAUGAUUGAAUUGCAACUCAAAAUAUAAUAAAAUAGGAACCA